ACGAGUACAAGCUUCGUGUACAAGACUUCGCGACUGGUAAGAAUUUCUCUUUUAAUCAAUGCUUUAAACAAGAGAGUUUUGCUUUUUUUUCUCGGGAAAGCUAUUUUAUAAAAGCAAUAGAAAACUGUUUUCCUGUGUUUGCAUAUCCUGAAAUAAACACUCGAGAGGUUGGGAGAAUUCUCGACAGUUAUGCAAACCCUCGACUUCGUCUCGGGCUUGCACAAUUGUCUCGAAUUCUCCCAACCCGUCUCGUGUUUAUAUCAGGCUAUGCAAACACGGAAAACGUUUUCUAUUGCUUAAAUGAUGUAACGGGCUAUUCUGAGAUAAUUUACAAAGGAAUAAUACUUACCUUAAGUUACAAGCAACCGAGGUAUUAAAAAUACGAACUACUCGUUCUUGCACAUAAGCUUAUCGCAACUGAAAACUAAAUGUACAAACUUUAGUAAAAGCGAGGAAAAUCUAUUUAUUAACAGUCACCCGAUGAUUAAAAUCGAUCACAAUCAGUUCGAAAAGAAACAUUGUCUUGCAAGUCGCAAUAUGUUUGGCGGGAAACCAUUGGUUUAGACCACGUGGUUUCGGUCGCAGUUCGUCUAAAGACGAGGAACAAGAUCCAUUAUUGCAGCGUUUAUAAGUCCUGAGCAGUAGACCUCUGAAACUUUAAAUUUGUCACACAAAGCCGACGCCAUAAAGCAUAUUCAAGGAUCACAAAAUAAUGUCGAAGGGAAUGUGCUUAAGAAGCACAGUUUACGCAUGACUGAAUGACUCGUAUCAUUCAUACGAGUCAUAGGCUAUGACUGCUAUCAACUCACUACAAAUAUUGUUUCGUAAUCUAAAUAGCAAGAAAGCAAUUCUCGCUGACUCAGUGAUAUUUUGGCUCUACGCAUUAUGUCGACUCACUCAUCUUGCUAAUCCAUCUGUUCAGUUCGUCUUUUGCAUCACUUCUCGUCACCUCUGAGACCAAUGAUAUUCUAUAAAUGAAUGACUACGUACUCAUGAUCACACAAGAUCAAAAAUCAAAAUGAUAUUUUCUCAGGUAAGGGUCAAUACCCUAGCGUUUGCACCAAAUAACACAGGUGAUCAUUUUAAGCACUGGCUCUGAAGGGUGACAAUUUUAAAUGAGGACCUCGUAUAAAUGGUUCAAUACACGACGAAUAUGGCUGGGGUUACUUGAAGUGUCUUUUGUAAAAUUUGGUAUGGAUUUCGACAUGGGCAAGUGGAAUAUUUUUAACAUGACGCUAAUAUGCCUACCGUCUAACUCUAACGGGGGUGACAGAGGUACUCUCAAUUUUCAAUUAUAAGGCGGUAUUAGGUCCAGCAAUUAUUGAAAGAGGUUGAAAAAACAUGCAGGCGAAAGCCGAAUUUUCAAUCAUUUGUUUAAUUUCCUAGUACGUAAAAUAUUUUCACCUUCACAAAUAUCCUCACAUCCACGUACUAGACUUUCUUCAAAACAUAUUUAUAUACCUCGGCAGUUUUAUAAUAGUUAACUUAUUUUCCUCAGAAGAUACUCUUCAAAACAGCAGUUGACAUCCAUCGAACGUUUGCGGUUAUUUUGUCUUGGUACUGCUGUGAACUCCUUUUUGCGCCAUUUCCUAGCCUGGCGUCCUGCUCUACCAAAAAAGUCAAGUCUUGCGUGAUGUCAUAAUAUGCGAUUACAGAAAUCAUUGACGUCAGCGACUGCGGAACUCAAGAAAAUGGAAUAGCUGAUUCGACGGACGUUCGUUUUUUGAGAAACAUCUGUGAAAAGAAACAUCCUUUAAUAUCUGGAAACUGCCACGGAGCUGAAAAAUGCUGUCAAAAAAUUCUACUUAGUUAAGGUGGACGAGAUAAGGAUGUCAUGAGGUUGAAAUAAGUUUAAUAAUAAAACGCUUUCGUAGUGACAUGACAGAGAUAUGCAGAUCUCUGAGGAAGUUAUGGCGUUACUGGCUUCAUAGGAUAAUUUUGUUCUUAUAUAUUUAUUUUUCUCGUACUUCAAGUCUUUUCCAAAAACUGUUACAAAUUGAAUUCCUGCCAACAAACUUGCCUGAGUGUGGGACCGCGGCAGGAUUAGCUCAGUCGGUAGAGCGUUUGACUGCAGGGCGGAAGGUCACGGCUUGGAUUCCCGGGGCCGGACCAAUAAUCAGGGUCUUAAAAUAACUGAGAAAUGAAGGUACUCGCUUUGCACAGCAAGCGGACAGACCUAGGCUUCGAGUGGCUCUGAUGACCACGUAAAAUGGCCGUCCCGUCUCCAGCAGGAGAUGUAAAAAUGGUGUCCCCAAUUUACUUUCGUGCUAAAUACCUUGACACUCAAAUAAAGUGUUUUUUUUUUUAGAAAAAAGCGGGGGAAUAGUUAUAUAGGGAGGGGGUGAGAAAGAGAUAGAGGAAAGUCGAAGGGAGAAGGCACACAAACGGGGAAGAGAUAGGAGAAAUAUGAGUUUGGAUUUUCUAGUCACUGCCUCUGAACGCAUUGUAUUUCAAUAUUUACAGAUGAAAAUCCUGAAUGUUUGCGUAGUCCUUAUCUGGU